AUGGCUUAUCAGAUGAAGAAUUUUGUCAGCAAAGAUGGGAAUCUAGUUGUGGCUGGCAUUAUGUUAACACCUCAGAACCUCAUUUGGUCACAUUUAAGAAUUAGUCAAGGUAUCAAUCGAUUAACCUUGGCAUGUGGAACUUGCUCAACUAGUUGUGUUGCUUUGGCUAAACAUUUGAAGUUGAUCGAUCAGGAUGCAAGUAAAGUCACUGUCAAUGUUCACGAUGCGUUAGAUUCUUUUUGUCGUAAAAUGCAACAAAUUGAAAAAAUACUUAUAGCAAAUAGAGGAGAGAUAGCAUGCAGAAUAAUUUCUACAUGUAGACAUUUAGGAAUUUCUACUGUUGCUGUUUAUUCUGAAAGUGAUAAAGAUUCAUUAUUUGUAAAAUUAGCGGAUGAAUCGAUUUAUAUUGGUUCAAAUGAAUCUUAUUUAUGUGGUGAUAAAAUUAUUAAUGCUGCUAAAAGAGUUGGGGCUGAUGCUAUACACCCAGGCUAUGGGUUUUUAUCAGAAAAAUCAGAUUUUGCUAAAUUAGUAGCACAAUCAGGUAUUCGAUUCAUAGGACCUUCACCUGAUUCUAUAUUGGCAAUUGUUGUGCCACUUAUACCAGGGUAUAAUGGUUUAAACCAAGAUAUUGAUGUAUUGAUAAAUGAGGCUUUAAGAAUUGGGUUUCCUAUAUUAUUAAAAGCUUCUUCAGGUGGAGGAGGAAUGGGAAUGAGAAUUAUUCGUGAUGAGUCAAAAUUGAGAGAAGAAAUUGCAUUGGCAAAAGCUGAAUCAUUAAGAUUAUUUGGAUCAGAAAAUCUUUUAAUUGAAAAAUAUUUUGAUUCAGUCAGUCAUGUCGAAAGAGAUUGUUCUAUUCAAAGACGUCAUCAAAAAGUUAUUGAGGAAACACCUUCACCAAAUUUAGAUUCAACAUUAAGGUCUGAAAUGAUAUCUGUUUCAAUUCAAAUUGGAAAGCUUCUUAAGUAUGAAGGUGUUGGUACAAUUGAAUUUAUAGUUGAUAAAUUAGAAAAAAAAUUUUAUUUUCUUGAAAUGAAUACAAGAUUACAAGUUGAACAUCCAAUCACUGAAUUAGUCACCGGAUUAGAUUUAGUAGAACUUCAAAUAUUAGUUUCUCAAGGUUACGAAUUAUCAUCAUCACCGUUACCUAAUUUAACAUCUAUUGGACAUGCAAUUGAAUGUCGUUUAUAUUCAGAAGAUCCAUCAAAAAAUUUUUUACCGAGCACAGGCAAAUUACUUUAUUGGAAACAAGCGUCAAUACCAAAUGUUAGAUAUGAUACUGGUGUGGAAACAGGAUCUGUGAUUUCAAUGUAUUAUGAUCCAUUAAUAUCAAAAAUUUCAGUGUUUGCACCAACAAGACAACAAGCAAUACAAAAAAUGCAUUUAGCAUUAAGAAAUACAAUAUGUUUAGGACUUGUAACAAAUCAAUCGUUUUUAACAAAAGUUAUGAAAAACAACAAUUUUAAUAAAGGAUUUUAUAACACGAAUUUCGUAGAAAAUGAAUACUCAAAUAAUAAUAUCAGUAAUAAUGUUGUUGGUGAAAACGAAACAAUAAAAAAUUUAGGAAUAGUCGCAUUUUUAUGGUUAUGGCAUUUAAGAGAGAAACAAAGAACAACAUUACGCCAUAUACCGUCUAGAUGGAGAUAUUUGAAAUAUAAAAAUCCAAUUGAAAUAUACAAUGUAUAUCACGAUAACAUUACUACCAACAGCACCAAGAAUAAUUUAAUUGAAAUAGAAUAUGAAUGUCAAAAUUAUAAAAUUGAUGGAACAAAAUUAAAUUCUAUUGAUGAUGAUAAUUAUAAAUUUUGUAUUCUGGCGAGAUAUUUAAAUGGCAUUGAUGCUAAUGUAGAUGGUGGCGAUGAAUUAAUUAAGAAAAAAGAUGUCCUGUUGAAUGGUGUCAUUAUCAAUGAAAACAAUGAGGGAAUUCAAAGAAUUUACGAGAUUGCCAAUGAUUCAAAUUCAAAUUGUGUCUAUGUACAUUCUCAAGACUUAUCAAAGCAAAUCAAAUUCAUUAAAAAAGAGAGACAUAAAACUGCUGCAGAAGAUAUCGAAGAUGAUGUUUUGCCAUAUGUUGCACCAAUGCCAUGCAAAAUAUUAAGAUUAUUAGUAAAUCCAAACUCCAAAGUCAAGAAAAAUACUCCAAUAUUAACCAUAGAAACAAUGAAAAUUGAAAUAAAAAUUUUUUCAAAACAUGAUGGAAUUAUAAAAUUUUUGGUUAAAGAGGGUGAUAUAGUUGAUGCUGGAGCUUUGUUAGUGAAAAUUGAGUAG